CGGCCAGGCAGGCCUAGCUCUACUCCAAGACCCCAACACCCGACGCCUGGCACCUCUGCGUGACACUCGCUCACCAUGUCGGACGUCACCAUCUCGGCGUCGACCUUCCACCGCCGCGCCGCAAAGCUCUUUGACCAUUGGGAGGCCAAGGAGGACGAUGCCGCACCUCUCACCGACGUCAACCACCUCCUUGUCGUCGCUGGCAACUCGGACGAGGAGAACCCGUACCGCAAGGGCAGCGCCCUCCAGACCCACCUCCUCGGCUACGAGUUCCCGAGCACCCUCAUGCUCCUCACCGACCGCACCGUCUACUUUGUCGUCUCGUCGUCCAAGGCCAAGCUCCUCCAGCCGCUCCUCAAGGCGCCGACCGGCGUCGACAAGCCCGUCAAGGUCGAGAUCCUGACGCGCACCAAGGACGAGGCCGAGAACAAGAAGCUGUUCGAGCAGGUCAUCGACACGAUCGGCGAGGGCAACAAGGUCGGCACCCUGCCCAAGGACAAGAUGGUCGGCAAGUUCGUCAACGAGUGGAACGCCGUCCUCUCGGGCUCGGGCAAGGACAUCAAGGAGGUCGACGUCGCCCUCGGCGUCUCGACCCUCCUCGCCGUCAAGGACGCCGACGAGCUUCAAAACGAGCGCAACGCCGCCGUCAUGACCAACAAGCUCAUGAGUCACUUCAGCGACGCCAUGAGCGGCUACAUCGACGAGGGCAAGAAGGUGACGCACGAGCAGCUCGGCGAGCAGAUCGAGGCCAAGCUCGAGGACAGCAAGUUCUGGAAGGGCCUCAAGCUCGGCGACGGCUUCGAGACGGGCUACGGCGACUGGUGCUACUCGCCGAUCAUCCAGUCGGGCGGCAACUACGACCUCAAGUCGUCGGCGCAGACGGACGACCAGCGCCUCAAGGCGGGAGUCAUCCUGUGCUCGCUCGGCAUCCGGUACAAGUCGUACUGCUCCAACGUCGGCCGCACCUUCAUGAUCGACCCGUCGGCCGACCAGGAGAAGAACUACCUGUUCCUCGUCGAGCUUCAGAAGUUUGCCCUCGGCGAGCUCAAGGACGGCGCCGCGUGCAAGGACGUGUACCAGAAGGUCGUCGACAAGAUCGAGAAGGACCGCGCCGACCUGCUCCCCUACUUUGCCAAGACGGCCGGCUUUGGCAUGGGCCUCGAGUUUCGCGACUCGGCGUACCCGCUCACGGCCAAGGGCUCGCGUGUCAUCAAGGCCGACAUGAUCUUCAGCCUCACGCUCGGCUUCAACGGCAUCCCCGACCCGAAAAAGAGCGGCGCGACGUACGCCGUCUCGCUCGUCGACACGGUCCAGGUCGGCAAGGACGGCGCAAAGUGCCUCAGCGAGGGCAUGAAGGGCAAGGACGACGUCAUGUUCUACAUGGAGGACGACGAGAAGAAGCCGUCCAAGGCGGCGGCCAAGGAGGCGCCCUCGCGGCGCAACACGGCGCCGACCGCCAUCGUCAAGUCCAAGCUGCGCAACGAGAACCGCGAGAUCGAUGCCGACGCCAUCAACCGCCGCAAGCACCACCAGCGCGAGCUCGCGACGCGUCGCCAGGAGGAGGGCAUGGAGCGCUUCAGCGGCGAGGGCGGCCAGGGCGGCGCCAACCGCGAGAAGCAGUGGAGGAGGUUCGAGUCGUACGUCAAGGACUCGCAGCUGCCCGAGGCCGUCACGUCGCAAAAGAUCGUCGUCGACUCGCGUCGCCUGACCAUCAUCCUGCCGAUCAACGGCUACGCCGUCCCGUUCCACGUCAACACGCUCAAGAGCGUCAUCAAGCAGGAGGAGGGCGACUACACGGUCCUGCGCUUCAUGUUCGUCACGCCGGGCGCCAUCACGGGCAAGAAGGAGGACACGCCGUUCGAGGACCCGAGCGCGACCUUCAUCCGCGGCGUCACGUACCGCUCGACCGACUCGUUCCGGUACGCCGAGCUGCACAAGGAGAUCACCGACCUCAAGAAGGCGGCCGUCAAGCGCGACAACGAGCGCAAGGAGCUCGCCGACGUCGUCGAGCAGGACAAGCUCGUCGAGACCAGGGGCAAGCGCCCUAUCCGCCUGACCGAGGUGCAGCUGCGGCCGUCGUUCGACGGCAAGCGCCAGUCGGGCGACGUCGAGAUCCACUCGAACGGCAUCCGCUACCAGUCGUCGGUCAAGCAGGAGCAGAAGAUCGACAUCCUGUUCAGCAACAUCAAGCACCUCCUGUUCCAGCCGUGCGACAACGAGCUCAUCGUCGUCCUGCACAUCCACCUCAAGUCGCCCAUCAUGAUCGGCAAGAAGAAGGCCAAGGACGUCCAGUUCUUCCGCGAGGUGUCGGACGCGUCGUUCGACGAGACGGGCAACAAGAAGCGCAAGCGCAACUACCACGACGAGGACGAGCUCGAGGCCGAGCAGGAGGAGCGCAAGCGCCGCAUGGACCUCAACAAGUACUUCAAGGCGUUCUCGGACAAGAUCGCCGAGGCGUCGAACGGCCGCAUCGAGGUCGACGUCCCGUUCCGCGAGCUCGGCUUCCAGGGCGUCCCUUUCCGGUCCAACGUCCUCCUCCAGCCGACGACCGACACGCUCGUGUUCCUCACCGAGCCGCCGUUCCUCGUCCUCACGCUCGCCGAGAUCGAAAUUGCGCACCUCGAGCGCGUCCAGUACGGCCUCAAGAACUUCGACCUCGUCUUUGUCUUCCAGGACUUUGCGCGAGCGCCCGUCCACAUCAACACGAUCCCGUCGAACCAGCUCGACAACGUCAAGGAGUGGCUCGACUCGGUCGACAUUCCCUUCUCCGAGGGCCCGGUCAACCUCAACUGGCAGGCGAUCAUGAAGACGGUCAACGACGACCCGUACGAGUUCUUCAAGGAAGGCGGCUGGGGCUUCCUCAUGGAGCAGGAGGGUGAGGCAGGCUCGUCGGACGGAUCCGAGUCGGGCUCCGAGUUCGCCGCCUCGUCCGACGCGUCCGAGGAGUCGGCGUACGGCUCCGACGAGUCGGAGUUCAGCGGCGGGUCUGACGACGACUCGGGCUCGGCGGCGCUCAGCGACUCGGGCGAGGAGUGGAGCGAGGCCGAGGAGCGGCUCGAGAAGAAGGAGCGGAGCAAGGCGAGCGGAGUAGGGCGCGACGCCGACAGCUCGGACGACGACCGGCGCGGGAAGAAGGGCAAGUCGUCGGGCGGCGGCAGUGGCGCCAAGGCCAAGGUCAAGGGCAAGCGGUGAGGAGGAGGGACCGCCGCUUUCUCGCAUCUCUCGUCGUCGUCGUUCUCUCUCUCUCUCCUUCUCUCUCCCCCCCCCCCCCUCUCUCGACUAGCUUCCCAACUUUGUCCCCUCGAUGUUCCCCUCGCCAACGCAACGAUGUAACUCGCUUCGUCUCCUUCUU